CGGCCCGUUGAGGAAUUAGAUCCGCGACCCAGGCCCGGCCUGGCCCAGUCUUCUCCGACGCCGCCUCCCUCCUUUCUUUCCCCCUUCCUCUUCCACUCCCGUCCCCUCCUCUCGCCACGCCGAUCCGAAUCGCCGCCGCAGCCGCCGGAGAAGAUCAAACCCAGCGCCAGCAGCCAUGUCCGGCGAGGAGGAGGAGAACGCCGCCGAGCUCAAGAUCGGCGAAGAGUUUCUCAAGGCCAAGUGCCUGAUGAACUGCGAGGUGGCGAUAAUCCUGGAGCACAAGUGGGAGCAGCUGCAGCACAUGUCGGACGGCGGCGCCGACCAGGUCUCGCAGGUGUUCGAGAAGUCGCAGGCCUACGUCAAGCGCUUCAGCCGCUACAAGAACCCCGACGCCGUCCGCCAGGUCCGCGAGACGCUCUCCCGCUACAGCCUCGUCGAGUUCGAGCUAUGCACCCUCGGCAACCUCUGCCCUGACACCGCCGACGAGGCCAAGGCGCUCGUGCCCUCCCUCGUCCCCGGCGGCAGGUUCGACAGCGACGACAGGGUCGACAAGAUGCUCAACGACCUCUCCCUCAUCAAGAAGUUCGAGUAGUCUGCUCUUCUUGCUCCUGUUCCUCGAAUGGACUUGAUGGAGAUGGAGACUAUGUGUCAUUUAUCAGUCUCAACAAGUACUCCUAGCUACUGGUAGCCUACUUUGGUCAUGUGUUAGUCUUCAGAUUCAGAUUCAGAUUGUCUCCUCCUAUGCUAUGAUCAUAAGACAUGAGCAGUGUCACUCUCAAAUCUAUGGAGUUGAUUAAACCUUGUUGCUAUGCUGUCUUGGUGAAAAAUGUUGUAGCUGUUGUUUAAUCUAGAUGAUCAUAAGACGGAGCUGAUUAAACCUUGUUGCUACCAUCUUGUGAUUUUGGUCACCUGGGAAGAAUUUGGUUUUAGACUGAAAAA